AUGUUUAGUAUAAAUAAUUCACCAAAUAUGAUUAACGAUGAGCCAAAUGGAAUUGCUCGAUCGAUUAGUGCGGCUCGUUUUCAAAUAGAAAAAGUUUCUAAUGAGGAUCCAAAUUCACAAAAAUUAUCAUGUGAAAUAACAAAUAUUCCGGCUAUUUUAAUAUCAUCUAUUUCAUGUUCAUCAAGUCCAAAUGAAAUUAAAAAAAAAGUUUUAUUCGGAGACGAUAGUAGUGAACAUAGUAGUACAAUAUCAGAUAUAAAUCAAACAAGUACACUAAAUAAUGGAAUGAAAGAAACAUGUACUUAUGAUACCAUUGAUACAUUACCACAUAUUGAUCAUUAUAGAAAUUUAUUUUCAUUUACAUCAUCUGAACCAAAGACUCGACCAACACUUGAAGCAUUACAUGGAACAGCUAAUAUUCCAUCAAAAUAUAAAUUAGCAUCAGCUAUUGAUUUAAAUAGUGAAGUACUUAGUACAGUAAUGAUAUCAAAUGAACAACCAAUACAAAUUGAAUUAAAACCAAAAGUUGAAAUUGUUAAAUUUGGAUGGAUCAUCGGUGUUCUUAUUCGUUGUGUAUUAAAUAUAUUUGGUGUUAUGUUAUUUCUUCGUUUAUCUUGGGUUGCAGGUCAAGCUGGUAUAGGUUUAGCAUGUCUUAUUGUUAUCAUUUCAACAGUAGUUACUGUUCUAACAUCUUUAUCAAUGAGUGCUAUUUGUACAAAUGGUGAAGUAAGAGGUGGUGGAACUUAUUAUCUUAUAUCACGUAGUCUUGGUCCGGAAUUUGGUGGUGCUAUUGGUUUAAUAUUUUCAUUCGUUAAUGCAGUUGCAGCAGCUAUGUAUACAAUUGGUUUUGCUGAAACAGUUCGUGAUAUUCUUAAAGAGCAUAAUGUUAAAAUAUUAGGAACAGUUGUUGAUGGAGAAUCUGUAAAUGUUGUGAGAAUUAUCGGAUUUAUUACGAUGACAAUCAUGUUGGGUGUUUCUCUCAUCGGUAUGCGUGGUGAAAGUAUUGUACAAAUAGUAUUGCUUAUUACAUUAUCUGCAUCGUUGUUGGAUUUUUUUAUUGGUUCUUUAAUGCCGGCUACACCAUACAAACGACAGCAUGGUUUUGAAGGCUAUUCAUGGAAAAUAAUAAAAGAAAAUUUUGGACCAAAAUUUCAGAAUGGUGAAACAUUUCAAAGCGUAUUUGGUGUUUUUUUUCCAGCAGUUACAGGAAUUCUUGCUGGUGCAAAUAUUUCAGGAAAUUUAAAAAAUCCAUCAAAAGCCAUUCCAUUGGGUACAAAUACUGCUAUAGGAAUUACUACAGCUGUUUAUCUUGCUUUUUGUAUUAUAGCGGCAUGUACAACUCGUCGUGAAGUUUCUUUGGAUUUUUAUGAACGUCAAAAUGAAAGUAUAAUACAAAUUGUUAAUUGUUCUUUACAUUUGGAUGAUAUAAAUUGUAAAUCUGGUUUAAUAUAUAACUAUCAAACAAUGAAAUUGAUAUCAGCAUUUGGACCAAUAAUAACCGCCGGAAUAUUUGCUGCGACGUUAUCAAGUGCUUUAGCAAGUCUUGUAAGUGCACCAAAAAUUUUUCAAGCUGUUUGUCGUGAUAUGAUUUUUCCUCGUUUGAAAUAUUUUUCUGUUGGUAAUGGAAAAUCUGAUGAACCAAUACGAGCUUAUUUUCUUACAUAUUUUGUUGCUGUUUUAUUUACUGCUAUUGGUGAAUUAAAUAGAAUUGCACCAAUAAUUUCAAAUUUUUUUCUUAUGACUUAUGCAUUAGUUAAUUACGCAUGUUUUGAUGCAACAUUAGCAAAAGCUAGUGGAUGGAGACCAGGUUUUCGAUAUUUUAAUAAAUGGUUAGCAUUAAUUGGAGCAUUACUUUGUGUUGCAGUUAUGUUUAUUAUUAAUUGGUGGGCAGCUUUGACAACAUUUGUUGUUAGUAGUGGACUUUUUCUUUAUGUACGAACAACAAAACCAGAAAUCAAUUGGGGUUCAUCUGUUCAAGCUCAAACCUAUAGACGAGCACUUGAUGCAACACAUAAAUUAGAUAUUAUUCAAGAACAUGUUAAAAAUUUUCGACCACAAAUGUUAGUUUUAACUGGAAAUCCAAUUUAUCGUCCAGCAUUAGUUGAUCUUUGUUCAUUAGUUACACAUGGACAUAGUUUAAUGAUUUGUGCUAAUGUUAUUUUAAAUGAUCCAACAGUAAAUAUUCAAUAUGAUCAAAAAGAUGAAGGUGAAACAUGGUUAAAAAAACGAGCAGCAAAAGCAUUCUAUCAACCUAUUGUUGCACCAACUGUUCGACAAGGAGCAAUAGCAUUACUACAAUGUGUUGGUGUAGGUAAAAUGCGACCAAAUGUAGUUGUUUUUGGCUUUAAAAGUGAUUGGUUAAUUAAAGCUGAUGCAGCUAUUGAUUAUUUUAAUAUAAUUCAUGAUGCAUUGCAUCUAAAAUAUGGCAUUGGAAUUUUAAGAUUACAAAGUGGACUUGAUUUCAGUGAUUUUUUUGGACCGGAUUUACCUGAUGAUGACGAUGAUGAUGACGAUGAAGCAGAUGUAUCAUCUUUAGCAUAUAGUCCAUUUCGUGCUUCAAAAUCACCAAAUAAUAAUAAUAAUGGACGACGGCAAACUGACGUUUUAACAUUAAAAAAUACAAUUAUAAAUGAAGGUGCUUUAUUAACAAUGAAUAUAUUUCGUCCGAAACAAAAUUCAUCGGCUAUUAUUGAUGUUUGGUGGUUAUUUGAUGAUGGUGGUUUAACAUUAUUAUUACCUUAUUUAUUACGACGUCGAAAACGUUGGCGUAAUAGUCAAUUUCGAAUAUUUUCAUGUGUACCAGGUGAAAAAAAUGAUGCUGAACGGCAACAUGUUGCAAUGGCAUCAUUAUUAUCAAAAUUUCGAAUUAAAUAUACAGAAUUACAUGUUCUUGAUAGUCUUAAUAAACAACCAAAUGAAAAUGAAACACAAAAAUUUGAACAACUUUUACAAGCAUGGCAUCAAAAUAAUGAAAAUAAUACAACUCUAGAUAAUGAAUCAUGGAAAAUAACAGAUAUGGAAUUAGAAGUUAAUAAAGAAAAAAUUAAAAGAGGUCUUAAUUUACAUGAAUAUUUACAAGAAUAUAGUUCGCAAUCAACAUUAAUUAUUGUGUAA